AACAAACAGGCUGCGGCAGCCAGAAGCUCUUACUUUCUUUUUCUUUUCGUUCUUUUUUUUUAAACUUACAUGCUUAAUAAUGAAUGAAUAUUAUGUGAGUCAACAAGGAGCGUUCGGAGCUGCUGAACUGUCUGAAAAUGAAGAGCAAACAUUUGCUGCACCUCAUGUCAGCGCCGCAGCAAAAACACACAAUGAAAGUUUUAUUGCACAGGAAAAGAAGGCAGACUCCUGCAGGAAGGAGUGCAGGAGGAGUCGGCCUUUGGUGGAGGAGAGUGAAAAGAGGAUGCUCAGGCUGUAUCAAGAUUUGGUGACAUCAGUGACUGACAUCCAAUCGACAGCUGAAGCUAAAGAGUCCCAGCGAAGGACAGACUUAGAGGAAGCUCGCAGACUCAGAUUGGAGCGACUAGAGAACCAUCUGAAGACCAGCCAGGAGAAAUUCGAUGAAAUCUCCAGAGGAUGGUCGAUAGCCAAAAUGAAGAUUAUUCCUCAAGAACUUCAGGAUGCGCUGAACAGUCAACAGCUGCUGUGUGCUGAGCUCAAAGAUGAUAAGAAACAACGCAUCAAUGACCUGCAACAGGAAGUGAAGACGGGAGAUGAUUACUACAUUAGAGACUUGAAGAAACAAGCAGAGGAGAUCAACUUGAUGACUGAGAAAAUGAACCACCAGAUCAAAACCCUGACAAAGGCCUACAGAGAGGAGCUGGCCAAGACUGAGGGUCGUCAUCAGCAGGAAAAUGAACUCUUGCUUCAAAUAAACACUCAGGAUUGGAACGAAUCCCUGGAGAAAUUUCGAGACACUGAGGUAAAGAAGCUGAAGCAGAGGAGGGAGAAUGUGGAGGCAUGCGAAGUGUCACUCAAUGCACUGCGAGUGGAGAAUACAGAGAAAUACAACAUAAGGAAGAGCACGGACAAUGCAGUACUGGAGAACUUGCAGCUGAAAAUACAGCAGAAAAAGGUCACCAGCUUGGUGACGAAGACAAAAAACAAAUUGCGUGAGAAGGAGAAAGAAGACCAUGCUAUCAGUCUGACCCAGCUAAAAAGCAGAAUAUUCAGCCUGCAGGAUGAGUUGGAAGAUCUCAGAGUGAAGUACUCCAACCAGUUGAAACAAGUGAAGAAAGGGAAUCAGAAUUUGGUUAAAGACUACAGCCGGUGCCACCAGCAAUACGAGCACUUACAGAAGAAAAUGAAGCACUUUGCAACUGUUGAAGCAAAGACAUUUGAGGAGAUGUGGUUAAUGAUUGAGUUGGAGGUGAAACAGCUAGUGGACAGGGCCUUAGACAUUGACUCACUCAUCUACAAAAGCCAGCUUGGUGUAGCGUGGGAGCGACCACACAUGGGUUUCAUGGAGGUCUCUGGUCCAGUUGAGUGUCAGAAAUGGGCCCAGAGACCCGCCUACCACGCCAUGUCACAGCUGUUUAAAACCAGCCAGGGGAAGGUGGACGCUUCAGAUGAGCGUAGGUUGGAGAUGGAUGACACUGAGAGCACAGCUGUGGAGGGUCAGAGUGAUAACUGUACAGGGAAGGAGAACCUGUCUGUGAAGGUGAUGAAGAAGCUCCUCGAGAUGCUGUCUGAUGAAACGGAUUUCCUAGUAGAUGAUAAGCUCAUGAAGCUGCUGUCUCUCCAGCCAAAGGAUGAGCAGAUUCUCCACAAGCUGGACUCUAUCUUUGUUGCUUUGGGCAUUGAAGAUGUCGAUGUGUAUCAGUUGGCUGAUUUCUUCAUAAAGUACCAACACCAGCAAACUUUGAAGUUGGGUGAAGCCAGUGUUGAGACACAAAAGGUGGAGCCCAGCUCUUCCAAUCAUGUGACUACAGACCUCAUUCAUCCUGAUAACAUCCUACCAGCUCUGAAAAUUUUCAUUGAGCAACACAUAAAGUCCAGGGAGAGUUCGACCGCCUGUCGGCACAUGUUGUGGCAUGUAGACAUCAGAGAUCAAUCCUACUGGGAGAGUAUGGCCAACAUAAUUCCAGAGGACAAAGUCCAGCUCUGGGAUGCAGUGGAGGAGAGACUAAAAAAGUAUCAUGUGGUCCUCACGGAGAACUGUGAACUCCUCCAAGAGAUAAAACAUCUGAAACAGCAGAACACAGAGCUCCGCCUGCUGCUUCAGCAGACUCUGAGUAUUGUUUCAUGAAAUGAUUCACUUUUUGAAAACACUGAAAGCAAACUGAGUGUUUCAGACUUUUUGAAACACUAAUGGUUCACUGUGUUGAAAUGAUUGAAACAUGAAGCACGG